AUGGAUGCAGUAUUGAAUGGCGCAAUAGCUGGAGCAACAACAGUUCUUAUUACAAAUCCUUUUGAUUUAGCAAAAACUAGAUUACAAGCAUAAGGAGAGCUUGUUGCUGAAGGUCAUUAUAAAAGAGCUUAUUCUGGAGUAAUAAAUACAUUAAUGAAAACAUCAUAAUCAGAGGGAGUGUUAGCAGUUUAAAAAGGACUAUAAGCUGCUAUAGUAUUUUAAAUUAUAAUGAAUGGAUUGAGAUUUGGCAGUUAUGAGAUUGUAAAGGAUAUUGCUAAUGAAUAAUUCCAUUUAUAUAAUUCUCAUGGAUAUAUAAAGGUUUUAUCAAAUAUUGGAAUAUCAGCAGGAGUUGGUUGUUUUAGUGCGUAAUUAAUCUAAUAUUUUCAUUAAGUUUUGUGUCAAGUCCAUUUAAUAUGAUUAAAACAAGACUAAUGCUUUAAACAAAAGAUUUGCCAUGUGGAAAUAGAUAUCAUUAUUCAGGGCUUAUCGAUGCAAUAUCUUAAAUUUUUAAAUAGGAAGGGUAAAUUUAAUAGAUGAGUUUAAUAGAUUAAAAGGAUUGUAUGCUGGAUCAUCAAUUAUGGCACUCAGAACUGGAUUAGGAUCUGCAAUCUAAUUACCUGUUUUUGAUUUUACUAAAGAACAUGGAAAGUAAUGGAUCAAAAACUAAACUGAAUUAAAUAUGUUUGCUAGUGCAAAUGCAACUUUAUGGUUAUGUUUAUUGACUUGCCCUGUUGAAGUAGCUUUGACGAGAUAUUUUAAUUAAUAAUUUGAUAAAGUAAUAAUUUUAAAUUUAUUUAAUUAGUGUGGAAAUCCAACUGUUUAUUAAGGUUGUUUGCAUGCCAUUAAAAUAAUAUUUCAAUCAGAAGGCUUUUUAGGUUUGUACAAAGGAUUAGGAGGUUUAUUCUUUAGAUCUGGUCCUCAAUCAUUUAUCUCAUUAUUAAUUGUUAAUCAAUUAAAUAGUCUAAGAAAUUAAAAAAAAUAAUGAAUAAUAUCUUAUCUUAUAUAAAAUUGGCU